AAAAAGAAAAAGAAAGAAAAGAAGUAGAACCUCCAGAUGCAGACAGAAAACCUGGAAUCUGGAACUUCGAACAGGAAACCUGAAGCAGCAAACUUAGAAUGUGGGGCUUCCAGAACAUGGAACUCGGAGGCCGCCACCCUCAGUGGUCAGUGGGGAAACUGAGGUGUAGGAGGUGGGGAGUUCGUGAGCCUUGAUGAGCAGCGGUGGGCACACAGGUGGCCCUGCUGAGCCGGGCAGGGGUGAGGACCCUCCCCACAGCCUGCUGGGUGCCUGACCUUGGGCAUGUCCCCUCUCCAAGCCUCAGUUUCCUCACCUGUGAAGUGGGUUGUGAGGAUGAGAUGAGACAGUGCGCAUCAUUUGGGAGCUCAGGAUCACCAGGAAGUCAGUGGCCUUGCUGAGACCCAGCUCCUGGCCAUGCAACUUCUAGAGCUGCCUUCUCACCUUGUGAUGGGGGUGGUUUUGUUGCUGUUUCCAGUCUCUCUCUUUUCCCAAAGUCGAGGUGCCUUUGAGCGCUUGCGUGCCUGUUUCUGGCACCACCAGGUGGGAAAGUUAGGUAGUGGAUGGGUAGGAAGAGAUGGGCGAUGGUCUCACAGUGCUGGGCAGGGGGCCCAACGCCUACAGCCCUGAGUGGUAUCCCCUGACCAUAGGUGGGGCCUGCAAAGUGUCCCUGCUGGAGACGAUCAGGUCCUAACACAAGAGCCACAGAGGAGUACGGCCUUUCCCUGCUGCAGGGUGGCUGCCACCUCGCGCUCACCACUGCCUGUAAAUAUCCUCCUAACACUAAGAUGGCACCCCAUUGCCUUGGGACCUUCAUUGUCGCCCUCAGGAUUCAGAAAGGACGAGAACAGGUUGAAUGAGGGGACGCAUUCAGUGGGUCAUGUUUAUUGAAUGCAGAUGCUGUGGGGAGGAAGAUGUGGCUGCCACUGUAGGAGCAUCAGUGCUGUCACCCACCACCCCCCGAGAAAUAAUCCAAACCGCGAAGCAGAGAUAGCCCCGCAGGUGGCUUAGUGUCUAGACACUGACCUGGCUCGGGGCUGGCAUGGACCAGGGCAGAAUGCCCCGGGCAGGCAGAAUUGGACAGAGAGUAACUGGGAGAGGAGAAGAGACAGGGUGUGUCCCAGCCGAGGGCAGGCUCCCUGGGCGCGCAGAGCCCAGCCAGCUAUGUGCUUGCUCUGUCGGGACCACCCCAGCAGGAAGCUAAUCGUGAGGCUCAGGUCCCCAGAUCCCAGGGGCAGUGCUGCCACCAUGCCGCCCAGGAGCUGCAGGCUGUAGGCAGGUGUGGCCUUGUCACCUCCCUUGGUCCCCACAGUGCCAGAGCCAUGUUCAAGCUCACUCCUUCGCCCAGCAGUGCACCUGCAGUGCCAGGCAUGAGGCGGUGCACACACGGCCGCAAGGUAAGGUUCAGGCGCUGGCGGGGAGGAUCCUAACUGCUGAGCCACUCUUCCUUUCCCACUGUCUCCCCAUAACUCCUCCCAGCUGUGAAGGUGGGGCUCAUUCCUGCACCUCCCCUCCGCCACCACACCCCAUUGGUAGGGGCCCUUAGGAUUCACGUAACUAAGCCGCCUCACUGGGGUGUGACAAGCCCAAGAUGGCAAAGCAGGCAGUACUAGAACUGUGUGGGCACUUUCGUGAGCCCCAGACCAGGCCUGAGAGCCCUGAAGCAUUGACUGGAUGGUGUGGGUGUGUGGAUUUGGGGUGGUCAUUUAUUCAUUCAACAAACUGAGGGUGAGCACCUCUUUUGUGUGGGCCUCAGGGCUUGAGGCUGAGGACUCAGGGGCGUUGGACACCACAGCCCUUGUGUGGGGUGAGGGGUUCUCGGGGGCAGGCCAGGGUCAGGGAGACCUGAAGGAGUGCAGCUCAGCCGAACCCUCCAGGGACAGGAACGGGGAUUGGAGGGCGAGAUUACACAGAAACUUCUGUGCCUCCUUGGGAGACUUGGACUUUCUCCUGAGGGCAGCCGUUCCAAGCUGGGAGGGGCAGCGUCAGAUGUGGCUUUUGUUUGACUCAUGGGGGCUGGGUCCGGGGCCUACUGAGGAAUCGGCUGCCAUUCUGGAUGAAAAUGAGACGCUACAAGCUCUUUCUCAUGUUCUGUAUGGCCGGCCUGUGCCUUAUUUCCUUCCUGCACUUCUUCAAGACCCUGUCCUAUGUCACCUUCCCCCGAGAACUGGCCUCCCUCAGCCCUAACUUGGUGUCCAGCUUCUUCUGGAACAAUGCGCCAGUCACGCCCCAGGCCAGCCCCGAGCCGGGCGGCCCCGAUCUGCUGCGCACCCCGCUGUACUCCCACUCGCCCCUGCUGCAGCCACUGCCGCCCAGCAAGGCGGCUGAGGAGCUCCACCGGGUGGCCUUCGUACUACCCGAGGACACCACCGAGUAUUUCGUGCGCACCAAGGCUGGCGGAGUCUGCUUCAAACCCGGGACCAAGAUGCUGGAGAGGCCGCCCCCGGGACGGCUGGAGGAGAAGCCAGAGCGGGCCAACGGCUCCUCCGCCCGGCGCCCACCCCGGUACCUGCUGAGCGCCCGGGAGCGCACUGGGGGCCGGGGCGCGCGGCGCAAGUGGGUGGAGUGCGUGUGCCUGCCCGGCUGGCACGGACCCAGCUGCGGCGUGCCCACCGUGGUGCAGUACUCCAACCUGCCCACCAAGGAGCGGCUGGUGCCCAGGGAGGUGCCGCGCCGCGUCAUCAACGCCAUCAACGUCAACCACGAGUUUGACCUGCUGGACGUGCGCUUCCACGAGCUGGGCGACGUGGUGGACGCCUUCGUGGUGUGCGAGUCCAACUUCACUGCCUACGGGGAGCCGCGGCCGCUCAAGUUCCGGGAGAUGCUGACCAACGGCACCUUCGAGUACAUCCGCCACAAGGUGCUGUACGUCUUCCUGGACCACUUCCCGCCCGGAGGCCGGCAGGACGGCUGGAUCGCCGACGACUACCUGCGCACCUUCCUCACCCAGGACGGCGUCUCGCGGCUGCGCAACCUACGGCCAGACGACGUCUUCAUCAUCGACGACGCCGACGAGAUCCCGGCCCGCGACGGCGUCCUCUUCCUCAAGCUCUACGACGGCUGGACCGAGCCCUUCGCCUUCCACAUGCGCAAGUCGCUCUACGGCUUCUUCUGGAAGCAGCCGGGCACCCUGGAGGUGGUGUCAGGCUGCACCGUGGACAUGCUGCAGGCCGUGUACGGGCUGGACGGCAUCCGCCUGCGCCGCCGCCAGUACUACACCAUGCCCAACUUCAGGCAGUACGAGAACCGCACCGGCCACAUCCUGGUGCAGUGGUCACUGGGCAGCCCCCUGCACUUCGCAGGCUGGCACUGCUCCUGGUGCUUCACGCCCGAGGGCAUCUACUUCAAGCUCGUGUCCGCCCAGAACGGCGACUUCCCGCGCUGGGGUGACUACGAGGACAAGCGGGACCUGAACUACAUCCGCGGCCUGAUCCGCACGGGGGGCUGGUUCGACGGCACACAGCAGGAGUACCCGCCCGCAGACCCCAGCGAGCACAUGUACGCGCCCAAGUACCUGCUCAAGAACUACAACCAGUUCCGCUACCUGUUGGACAACCCCUACCAGGAGCCCAGGAGCACGGCGGCAGGUGGGCGGCACCACAGGGGUCCCGAGGGAAGGCUGCCCGCCCGGGGCAAACUGGACGAGGCGGAAGGCUAGGGCUGCAUGAUCUGAUAGGGCGCAUGGCAGGGCGGGGUUGGCGGCCCCCUAGCGCUAUCUCCUUGCCUCCUGCCAGCUCCGUGGUUCUUGAGGGGACCAGGUGUGGGUGAGGAGUACAGAUGAGGGUAGGGUUUCCCUACUGAAGCCCUUGUGAAUCAAGGGUCAGGCCUUUGAGCUCAGAAAACAUCUCUCCUGCUAGGAGAGGGUGCAGACCGUGACAUCUGGGUAGCCCUUCUGACUGUCAAGACUGCUGUGGCCAGGAGGUGCCACUGGAGUGUGCUGGUAGUCCCUGGGUAGCAGGGGAGGGCAAGCAGAGUGGGGGAAGAGAGCCUGAAGGAUCUCAUGGGGCAGCCUCUGGGGCGUGGCCAGGCCGGGAAGAAGCCCACCAUUUGGCAUCCCAGGGUCUUGGGCUCGAAGUGGGAGACUGGCCUGCCAGGAGGACCCAGGGCUCUGUAAGUAGAUACAUUUGGGUCCAGGAGGAAGCAUGGACACCUGGGAGGGAGGGGAUGAAAAACUGCAUCGCACCAAGAGGAGGUGCUGAGGGAUGCUUUGCAGGGUUGUCAGAAGUGCUGGGCCAGGAGACAGAACUCCACCCCCUGCCCCAGAGGACAAGACGUGGCUGCCCUCAGGGGACUGGUGCCUGAGUCUGUUUCUGUCCCCUCAGGCUGUCGUGAGCCAACACAGGGGCCUGAAGAACCCUGAGGAACUUUCCUUUUAGUUCCAAGCUGGCCCUGGCAUUCCUUCCCCCGUUGUUAACAUUGCUGUCUUGUGGACUGUGCACUCAGUCCUUGCAAGGCCAGGAGUCCAGUUGCAGGUGGGGCCUUGCUGGGGCGGUGGGGAGGUGAAGACUGACAUGAGGCCUCCGCACGGAUCCGUCUCUCCCUCUCCAUCACGCCUUCCUUCUGAUACCCAGUCCCAGCUGUUCACUGUCCCAGGUGCAAUCACUGUUGUGCCCCUCCUUAGGGCUGGGAGCCAGGAAGGGGCCAUGAGGCUGUCCUGGGCCCAAGAAGGGACAAUAAGGCCAGUUGUAUGCUUCCUGUUCCUCGUAGCUGGCCUUGGUGGGGGUGUCUUUGCUCGAGUAGACUCUAAGCUGCUGUGAUUAAGCGACCCUGAAAUACAUGGUUUAAGCAAGAGGGACACUGGUUUCUAAUUAGUCUAGAGUGAGAUGGCUCAGAGCUGGUAGGACAGCUGUGCGUUUCUUCAUACGCACCUUCCAAUUCUGGGUACAGAGUGGCUGCUCCAGCGCCCAGUCCUGUGUGUAUCCAAGCCUGGGGGAAGCAGAAAUAGGCAAGAAGGGCAUAAACGCUUCCUGCUAAAGGCAUGAGCCAGAAUUGGCAGGCUCACCUCUGCCGGCCUCUCAUUGGCUGGGACUCAGUCACAUGGCCACAAGCAGCUGCAAGGGAAUCUGGGAAGUGUAGUCUUCAGCGGGGCCACCAUGUGCCUGGCCUCACCUUGGGAGUUCUCUUAUUGAUGGAGAAGAGAAUAGAUAUGGGGAACCAGUAGCAUCUCUGGGAGAGGGGAAGGAGGCAGCAAUAACUCAGUCAUCGGAUCCAGAUUUCAUUGUCAGAGCUUCUGGAACAGCUUGCUCCUGUUCCCCUCACUGUGUAGCCCAGGGCCAGGGGCAGUGAGGAGUCUGCACUCUGUGGGAAGGGGAAACACCCCUCGGCCCCUCAAGCACUACCCACUGAUGCCGGUGUGCAGAGUUGGCCUGCGGAAUGGCUCAUGUUUGUGCGUGCGUGUGUGUGUAUAUUUAUGGGCAUGGGUGCAUGCUUGGUGUGUAUUUGUACAUGUCUGUAUUGCUGUGUCCCUGUAAAUAUAUGCUUGUGUGUGGAUGGGGGAGCCCAGGCCCAGGUGUCCUCUUCCUCAGGCCUGUGGCCACACCUCCUGCAGCUCCCCAAUAUGACUGAGACAGAAAACCCUUGGGGAGCCUAGAAAGCAAAGCUAAAGGGGAUGCAGGGUCUGUCCGUCUGUCUGUCUUUCAGUCUGAGGAAUGAGAAUUCUGAUCUGAGGGCUGUGCAGCUGAGAGCCCACUACCUCCCCAGCCCCUCUCGACCCCAGCCACAUCAUCCCACCCAUCCCCUACCCCUACCCUAGUGGGCUUUCUCUGGUGUCUUAUCGAUAGGAGUUUCCUGAUGGGCCAGGAGAGGAGGACAUCUCCUUGCCACAGCUCUGUCUGGGUUAAGUGCCCAGUGAGGGCAUGAUGUGGGGAGUUGGCCUCAGAGCAGCUGUUGGUAGGCCAGUGUGAAGUGGGCUGAGGGGCUCUGACCUACUCUUGCUCCCAUAUAGGGACUGCCCCCCAUGGAACUCCUCCUUUGAAGUCACAGCAGCCUUCCUUUCUGUUUCCUCUUGGGGCCGAGGGGUAGCUCAAGAAGUCAGGGGAUCCCUGUGGCUCUGGGUCAAUCCAGGCAAGGCUGCACCCCAUGGACAGGGAAUCUCAGGGCUCCUGAUCAUGCCUGGGCCCUGGCCUGGGGCCUCCCUUCUUGGCAACUUCCUCACCCCAUGCCCCUGGCACCCUCAGUUGCUGUGGGGAUGCCCCUCCAGGGUACCAGCUCAGGGCUAAGGGAAGGAAGAGCUGCCAGGCCCUGCCUUCCUCAGAAACCUGGUGGGGCAGGUCCUGUUCACAGCAGAAGUGAAGGCCUCGCCAUUGGUGAAGAGGACAGCUGUCAGAGGCGUGGGGGUCCAGGGCACGGCGUUGAAGAGUUUCGCAUAUAUCACAGCAUACACUGGGAAUUUGGGGGGGAGCAGAGGAACCCAGGGCCACUCCCUCAGUAUGAAAGGAAACCAAGCUGAAUGUGACCACCGGCACACUGCUGCCACGUCCCAUGUCCACAUUUCCCCCUGGUAAUAACUGGCCCCAAGACUGAGACCCAAGGAGGCCUGUCUGUGCCAAGAAUCCAGGAAGCAUGGCUGGCCCUGUCCACCCAUGGGUCAUGUCAGUUUCCAGGGGCAGCAUGGGAGAGCUUUGAGGGCAACAGGAAGAGUCCAGGUGGGGAGACAGGACUUGCCCAAGCAGAAGGCAGGACCCUGGGAAAUGUAUAAUUUAAGGACAUCAAUAAUAGUAUUAUUUUUUUUGUAAGGGAAAAUCAAUAUGUACAUUCUGAAAUCAUUUUCUCUGUAAAUGGUUGGAUUUCAUUUCACCCUUAAAGGGAUGCUUAAAGGAGAAGAUAAUAUUAAUAAUAAAAACAGCUACAAAGUCUGAA